AUGCAUAAAUCGAAGGUCUGGAGACCACGUUCCUAUGCGUCGCCAACUGCCGUAUUCAAACCCCAGGGUGGGAGAUCACAUACGCUAAGCGUCGCUCUCCCUGGCAGUAUUAUUGCAAACGCAAAAUCGCAUGAUCAAAAGACCUAUCUUGUCGGCUCCAUCGCCCGCGCAUUAGCUGUAUUCUGCGUCGAUGAAAUCAUCAUAUUUGAAGAUGAGCCGGAGUCGCAACAGUCUGGACAUCGCUCCCGCGCUGAAAAUGAGUACACAGCGUUCUCGGAUCCGUCACACUUUUUAGCACAUGUGCUUUCCUACCUCGAAACACCGCCGCAUCUACGGAGGGAUUUGUUCCCCAUGCACCCUAAUCUGAGAACAGCGGGGACAUUACCGAGUUUGGACAUGCCACAUCAUAUCAGGGCAAACGAAUGGUGCGAAUAUCGUGAAGGAGUUACGAUACCGAGCGAUAACUAUGGCGCAGAAGAUGGCCCGUCUGAGAGAAGCAACAAAAAGAAGAAAAGCAAGAAGUCCAAGCGAAACCAGCAGGGAGGGGAAGAACAUGAAAAUUGCUCGUCCAAUAAUACAUUUACCCUUGUGAACACAGGAAUCCCAGAGCCAGUCCGCAUUCCCAAUCUUUCUAUCCAACCUCACACCCGCUUAACCCUCAAAUUCAAAACCCAAGACUACUCCGACGGCGCCGAUCCGGUAGCACCGUCUACCCCUCGCGAAGAAGCAGGCUAUUACUGGGGCUAUUCAAUCCGUCGCUGCACGUCACUAUCCUCUGUAUUCACCGAAUGCCCAUUCGAGGGUGGGUACGACUUGUCCUUCGGUACGUCGGAGCGUGGCCUGCCGCUUGCCCACGUUUUACAACACCCGGAGCAAAUUCCGCAAUAUAAGCACUUAUUGCUUGUUUUCGGGGGCGUGGCAGGGUUAGAGACGGCUGCAAAGGCCGAUAAAGAGCUGGCGGCGAAGGGGAUCGGGGCCGGAGAAGUUGGAGAAUUAUUUGAUUUUUGGGUAGAUGUGCUGCCGGGGCAGGGGAGUAGGACGAUUCGGACCGAAGAAGCGGUUUGGCUAGGAUUGAUGGGGCUGCGGGAGGUGGCCGUGAGCAAGGGCACCUAA